AUGCAGCACCAUGAGGGCGCCGUCUUAGCGGCGGAAAGAUCAGCCGCCUCGCCGUCUGUGAGUGCUGAGCAUCAAGUGGAGGCAUCGCCAGCAAACGCAGCGUCAUUCGAGGCUCCAGCGGCGGCAGCUCAUGCAGAGGCACGGGUGGCACCCUCGGGGCCAUGGGCUUCAGAAGCAUCCGACGCAGGAGCAGCACCGGCGGAAACUGUAGCUGUAGCGACACCGAGUGAGGCUGCUGCUGGUGCUGCUGCAGAUUCGUUGGCGCAGCGGUAUUCUAAGGAUGAUACGAUGGCUCCCGUGUCUGCUUGCGUGGAAAGCCCCCUGGGGAAGCCGCUGGCGAACUCUUUGGUGCAAGCGCAGGCCCUUACGGUCCAAGACUUAGUCUGCCGCUUCGUGCACGCUGCGUUCGCCGCCUUGCCACCCCCCCAUUUGCUGCUGUGGCACUCCACUUGGGUGGCGCAGCGGACUCAGGCGGAGGUUCUGCUGCAGGCGCACUUGCAGGAAAUGUUUUCCCCAGCCUCUGUGUCACCGGGGCGAGCAGCUGCAGGUCCAGCGAAUUGCGCUGCCUUCGGAAAUGUGGCCGAAUCAGGGGAGCGCGUGAACCGGAGUCGCUGGUCGUCUGAGGAGACAGCGGCGUUCGUCGAGGCGGUCAAUCUGAUGGGUGCAGGCAACUGGAGGGCGAUUGAGAAGGCCUUUGGGCAAAAGCUAGGGGGUCGUACAAAUGCACAGCUUAAGGAUAAGUGGCAAAAUCUGGUGCUGCACGGUCAUGUGACUCGGGGCGCCUUUGACGGUCCUUGGGCCCUUACGUAG